CGCGAACACAGAGACUGCGUGAGACCUUGAAUUGGAUCGAUUCAAAUGGCGGAGCACUUAGCUUCGAUCUUCGGAACGGAAAAGGACAGAGUGAACUGUCCUUUCUACUUCAAGAUCGGUGCGUGCAGGCAUGGAGAUCGAUGCUCGAGACUCCACACCAAGCCUAGCAUCAGCCCAACUCUCUUGCUUUCCAACAUGUAUCAGCGUCCUGAUAUGAUCACUCCCGGCGUCGAUCCUCAAGGCCAGCCUCUCGAUCCUGAAAAGAUUCAAUCCCAUUUCGAGGAUUUUUAUGAAGAUUUGUUUGAGGAGCUGAGCAAGUAUGGAGAGAUUGAGAGCCUGAACAUAUGUGAUAAUCUGGCUGACCACAUGGUGGGUAAUGUGUACGCCCAGUUUAGAGAGGAGGAACAUGCUGCUACUGCACUUCAGAAUCUGACUGGAAGAUUCUAUGCGGGGCGCCCCAUUAUCAUUGACUUCUCUCCGGUGACCGAUUUUCGUGAAGCUACUUGUAGGCAGUAUGAGGAAAAUGUGUGCAAUCGAGGUGGCUACUGCAACUUCAUGCAUCUGAAAAAGAUAAGCAGAGAGCUGAGGCGGCAGUUAUUUGGGAGGAAUAGGCGAUGGCGCAGCCGCAGCAGGAGCAAAAGUCAUAGUCCUCAUCGCCGUCGCAAUUAUGAGGAGCGUCCACAUGGUGGCCGUGGUUUUGGUAGAAGAGGUGGUGAUGUCAGAGAUCAUCGCCACCAUGAUAGGGGUAGGAGACCAAGAAGCAGGAGUCCUGGACGUAAGGGUGGACGAAGCAGAAGUCCUGGGGGAAGGAGAAAUAGGAGUCCAGUCAGGGAAGGCAGUGCUGAGAGAAGGGCAAAAAUUGAGCAAUGGAAUAGGGAAAGGGAACAGGGAGAAUCUGCCAACAAGAAUGAUGCUAUUAGUAACCAUGAUAGCCCUAACAAUGCCAUUGUGCAGAAUGGAGAGCAGUCCUAUGAUGAUCCGCAGUACCAGCAGGAGCAUGGACGUUAUACCUGAUCCAAGUGGCAUUGUUGGGUUUGUUCUCUUGCCCUUCUUUGAUAGAAAAUGUUCUUUGUUAAUUUUAAAAGUAAAAUGCAAGUUUCCUUUGCAAAAACAGCCCAUUUGGAAAAUUUGGCUUACUGCCCACUUUCCACUGUGCAGGUGGAGUACAGGUCCACUAUCCCAUGAUAAUGAAAAAUGCCAAAAAAAAAACCCUUUUUCUUCCUUUCUUCCACCCAUUCUUUUAAGGAACUGAAAAUGGAUUUAGCGAGAGUAGAUAGGGCCAAGCCUACUUAGCACCUGAAUGCAUGCAUCGUGACCCUCACAGUUUUUAAACUCAUUUUCUGCUCCAUUGUUCACCUUUUUCUAAGUGACUGCAGUUUUUGUUCUUCUAAGUGAUAUAUUUUUUCUAUUGUCCUCUGAUCUUGUAACUCAUGCUUAUGUUUAUUCCAGAACUUCUUGUAAACGUUGUCAAGAGUCUAGUUUUCAAAAUGCAGCAUCUUAAAAUUACAUGGGUCAAAUGUUGCCAUUUUUUACGAAAGUUUUAUACUCUGCAAAAAUCUUGACAUGAACUGAGAGUGCAUGCUAUGUAGCGUAUUGAUGAGGAUAAAUUGCUUCUGGAGCAUGGUGGGAAGAAUAUUCAUUAGUUGGGGUUACUUUUAACAUCUUUAGUUUGCUAUUUCAGUUUCAUAGGAGCAUGGAGAUAAGAGUUCUCAGAUAUUUUCAUGUGAAAUAGUGUGAAUAUCUUUGUUAGCAGCCAUUUCGAGACCAAGUAACGAUACAGUAAAAUGAUAGGGGAGUUGAUAAUCCAUUCGGACAAGAUAAGAAUGAGUUUUUAUUUCACCAUUAUUACAGUUUCUUUUGUAGGCAUUUGUGAACUUAACACAUUUUUACAAGUUUUGCAGGUUCAGGUAUUCCUGCUUCCAGGGAUCGAGCCUCAUUUUUUUAUGGCAGCUCACAAUCAUAUUUGUAUACAGGUCGGCUGUCUUAUCUGCAGAGCAAGUUUACAGGAUUUAAAUGCUACGUGGUGGAAGAACUGAAGGAAGCCGCCUAACAAAGUAGACAAAGUUUAUUUGCUAGAGUGAUGUUUUGUGCCAGGCCUUUGUUCUGGAGAACAGGUUUUAUUGUGUGCACCAUGUGUCGUGUUUAUGUUUUUCUAAACAAACUGUAGUUUAAAAAUUAGGAGGAAAUGCAAUGGAUGUUUUGUAUUUUUGUUGAGAUUGCAUUUAUGUCAGUUGUGCAAAUAUGCUGUAGGCAUAAUAACAAUGUGUAGGCCAGCCUCCUGAUAUUUUGAGGGCUAAUUGCUGCUUGUGGAAUGGGAAAGGCCG